AAAAAUAUGAAAACACUUGAUACCCAUGCAACCCAACAAUCCCACGGCAAUCGAGAUACGGAAUGACCGCCUAUUGUCAGGCCGUUCAAGGUCGUUGAAACGAAAGAGCGGGCAGCUUCGAAAGGCUCUGACGUUUUCCCGUGCCUUUAAUACUGUAUCACCAGGACUUCUGCAGCACCACUAUCGUUGUCGGUUGGGCCAUUAGGGUCUUACAGCUGGGAAACCUCGACUUUGUCUUUCCGAAGAUAGUCUGCAUGACAGACUAAGCUUUUCGGACUAGGGACAAAUAAUUCGAUUAGUUUUGUUUGAUAAUGAGGCUAUCUUUUAGUGUUUCAGUGUAUAGGUUCCUUGUUUGCUUGAAUUCCGUUUAUCUGCUGUGGUGACUAGUUUGUUUGCAACCCACCCAGUAAUAUCUAUUAGGCUUUAGAAUUCGAAGAAUGUAAUUCCUUAUUAUUAGUUGUUUUGUAACUUUCGUGGGGCAGACUGCUUUGUAGCACGUAAGUUCAUGUACAGUAAGAAAUGCCAGUGUUAAUCCAGAAUACUUGGUUGUGGUCCGUGUGACUAUCGUAACCAGUGGUUGGAGACUGGAUGACAUUGCUCAGAAUCGAUCGCUAUUAUGUGUAUAUAUAUUCUUUGUCUUUCCUUAAGCUAUGAGAUAGAAAUUGCUGUGUAUCUUUCUUGCUACGAACUUAUUCUUUAUUCCUGUUCUAUAUUUCUAUACACAAUUUUUCUUUUAUAUAUAACCUCCAUUGAAUUAACUACUAUAAUAGAACAACGAAUUCAUAUAUGAAUUCUUUGUUCAUCUUGUUGUGCUAAUCAGUUUGGCAAAUUGAACCGAUGUAUAUGUAUGCCUGGUCAUAAAGUACCUUCAAGUCAAACGAAAACCCUCCUGAGGCUAAACGUUACAGAAUUAAAUAUUCUCAAAUCAUGUUAUAUAAUAAUUUACAUUUAAAUCAAAUUAUUUGCCGAAAUUGUUCAAUUCAAUAAAACAAAUUAUGAAUAAUAUAAAAGAUGCUAUUCAAUGUUUCAAUAUGAAUUCUUUAAAACCAACACUUAUAGAAGUUCGACAAUUAGAUGGAUCAAUUAUUAAAAUGAAUAAAUAUGGAUUAGAAAUUGAAAAAAAUGAUAAAUCUAAUCAAUUAGAAUCUGAUUUUUCUUCUUAUGGUUUUAUUCCAAAUUUUAAUCUGGAUUUACAAAUAGGAAAAAUAGAACUUCCAGAAUUUAAAAUAUUAUUUGGUUCUGUUGAUGUAGCUCAAAAUUUAAAUUUAUUAAACAACAAUAAUGUUACACAUAUCAUUAAUCUUAUUUCAAAUAUAAUACCAAAUUAUUUUCCUGAAUAUUUUCAUUAUUUAUCACUUAUUGCUUAUGAUAAUUUAACAUUUCAAUUAAAUGAUAUUUUGAAUGAUUGUUUUAAUUUUUUAAAUAUUGUAAAACAAACUAAGGGUUGUUGUUUUAUACAUUGUGAAGCUGGUAUUUCACGUUCACCAUCUAUUAUAAUUGCUUAUUUAAUGAAAUUUUAUAAUUAUUCAUAUGAUAAUGCUUAUAAUUUAGUAAAUAAUUCUAGAAAUAUUUGUAUUAAUGUAAAUUUUAAAUCACAAUUAAUGAGAUUAAAUUGAAUAAGUAAUAUAUUUCGGUUUAUU